AUCUGAGACUCUGACUUGCGCGCCAAUCCAACGCAAGUAAGUAGCCGCUUUCCACUCGGCUACUUGACCAUUCCUGUGUGUUAUGUGUUUACUCGCAGUUUUCCCGUUCUCGUUUCGCCACUUUACAUUUCACGCUUUUUCCUGCAACCUCUUUCCUCCGUUGAGACAAAGCUUACGGGUCCCGAAGGCUGUUUCAGACGAGCAUUUACUGCGCAGUCGGACGGUUAGCGGUGCGGUGUCGUUCGGUUUUGUCCCGGGUGUAAACGCACAGAUCACCGAGAGCGAUGUUUCUGAUCGGACUGACGGGCGGUAUUGCGUCCGGUAAGAGUACGGUCGCCAGCAUCUUGGUUUCGCUCGGAAUCGAUGUAAUAGACGCGGACAAGAUCGCCCGCGAAGUGGUCGAGCCCGGAAAGCCCGCCUGGGUCCAGAUUCGCCGGGAGUUUGGCUCCGAGGUGCUACUCAGCGAUGGCCAACUCAACCGUCCCGCGUUGGGCCGAAUCGUGUUCAACGAUCACGACAAGAGGCGCAGGCUAAACCGUAUCACCCACCCGGAGAUACACAAGGAAAUGUUCUUCCAGAGCCUCAAGCUCUUCCUCAAGGGUCGCCAGUUCGUGGUAGUCGACGUGCCGCUGCUGUACGAGACCAAGACGAUGUUGCGCUUCGUGCGCAAGGUGAUCGUCGUGAAGUGCUCGCCCGCUCAGCAGGUCGAGCGCCUCAUGCUGAGGAACGGCUUCACAGAAGAAGAAGCGAGCAAGCGCAUCGAGUCUCAGCUCCCAUUGGAGCAGAAGUGCGGCCUAGCCGAUUACGUCAUCGACAACACAGGGGACCCGGAUGCGUUGCGCGCUCAGGUCGAAGACGUCGUUCGCCAGCUCAGGGGAUCAUGGGCGCAUUGGAAAGUGCGCGGCGCCGUACUGGUCGUUAUGGUGGGGCUGUUAACGGGUGUCGCGUGGUUGAUAGCUCGCGUCUCUAGUGCACUUCAUCUUUGAUCUAUAACGAGGUGCAAAGUGCUUCUAGAAGGCCUCCAGAUCCUUCUGUACCUGACUGUGGUAGCUCCUUAGACAGCGCAUUAUGAGGUUCCAUCGCACUCUUGCAAAGCUGGAAGAAGUGAAUCGCGUACGCUAACGCAUUGAAAUGUUGGGCAUAAAAAGCAUGUUCCACUGCAUGACCAAAAAAAAAAGUAUAUAGAUAUGUAUUUAUAACUCGGAAACUUGCGAAAAGGACUGUGCCUGUAAACUACUGGCAUUGCAAGCAUGGUAACACAACGGUGAUGUUAAAUAAUACAUUUUAAUAUCGGUACAGGGUGUAUAUACGCAGGGUUUUAUAGAAGAAUAAUUAUUUUCAUGUUGAUGUACAAGUUGUAACAUAAAGUGAUAAAUAUAUAUUAUCUGUGAUUCCAAGGCUAUGUCCUGUGUCAUUUCAGAUGAGCAGACAUCUCAUUUUUGGAUGAGGGAUGGCGUUCCUUUGAUGCGCUGCUUGAUUUGGAACUACAACUGCGUCUUGAUAGCGAUGAGAUGUCAAUACUGCUGGGUGGACUUUGAUGCGUGACUGUACUGAGCUUCUUCACCAGUGUGAUCAUCUGAUCCAUCUGUUGGCACUGCUGCAUGUCUAACCGAUCCAGCUUUUCUUUCAAUUCUGAAAUGCUCCAC